GAUGCCCAUGGCCAUGAUAUUCCUCCGAUCAACUCCAUCUCUGUUUUUUUCAGAGAAUUUUACAGGGAGUUCAAGAAACUCUGGUGCCUCGCCUGCCCUGCCAUCUUCACCUCCAUUUGCCAGUACUCCCUCGGCGCCAUCACUCAAGUCUUUAGCGGACAAGUUAGCACCCUGGCCCUCGCUGCUGUCUCCAUUGAGAACUCUCUCAUCGCCGGGUUUUCCUUCGGAGUCAUGCUUGGUAUGGGAAGUGCACUUGAAACACUGUGUGGGCAAGCAUUUGGUGCUGGGCAGCUGGAAAUGCUAGGAAUCUAUUUGCAAAGAUCAUGGGUCAUUCUCGGCACCACAGCCUCACUUCUGUCCUUUUUGUAUAUCUUCGCCACUCAGAUUCUGAAGCUAAUCGGGCAGCAGGCAGCCAUAUCAAAGGCAGCAGGGAUAUUCUCAAUCUGGAUGAUACCUCAGUUAUUCGCUUACGCAAUGAAUUUCCCAAUGGCGAAAUUCUUGCAGGCUCAAAGGAAGAUGAUAGUUAUGGCGGUGAUAUCUGCGGCGGCCUUGGUUUUGCAUACAUUUUUCAGCUGGCUUUUGAUGCUGAAGUUGGGAUGGGGGCUGGUGGGAGCAGCGGUGGUGUUAAAUGCUUCGUGGUGGCUAAUUGAUUUGUCUCAGUUUCUGUAUAUUGUGAGCGGAGCUUGCAGACAAUCUUGGAAUGGAUUCUCAAGUCAGGCCUUCAAAAACCUGUGGGGUUUUGUCAGGUUGUCUCUUUCAUCUGCGGUGAUGCUUUGCUUAGAAAUUUGGUAUUAUAUGGCAUUAAUAUUGUUUGCCGGAUAUUUAAAGUACGCAGAGGUUUCAGUGGAUGCCUUGUCCAUAUGCUUGAACAUUUUCGGUUGGACGGUGAUGAUAUGUUUUGGAAUCAAUGCAGCCAUAAGUGUAAGAGUAUCGAAUGAACUGGGAGCAGGUCAUCCAAGAACAGCAAAAUUUUCAGUGGUAGUGGCUGUUAUAUCAUCCUUGGUUAUUGGUGUAAUCAUUUCUGCGAUUCUCCUCCUGACAAGAAACCAGUAUCCAUCUUUGUUUUCCAAGGAUUCUCGAGUUAAAGAACUCGUUAGCGAGUUAACACCACUGCUGGCUAUUUCCGUUAUCAUUAACAAUGUUCAGCCUGUUCUCUGUGGUGUGGCCAUUGGAGCAGGAUGGCAAGCUAUUAUUGCAUAUGUAAACAUAGUCUGUUACUACGUGUUUGGUGUUCCUUUGGGUCUUGCAUUAGGUUACAAACUUGAUAUGGGCGUUCGUGGAAUUUGGUAUGGAAUGAUGUCAGGGAGUGUGGUACAGGCUCUUGUGCUUUCCUUCAUUAUUUAUAGAACAAAUUGGAACAAAGAGGCUUCUGUUGCUGAAGAUAGGAUAAAGAAAUGGGGAGGAGGACAGAUAAGUUCCAAAGAGAACAAUAUUGGGACUGUAACUUUUGCCUAG